CGUUCCAAAACGAAGCAUGGCUGCUGUUCUGAAAGUUGCAGUAGUUGCAUUAGCGAUUAUUGCUGUUGAGCAACAACUUACUGCGGCUGAUGAUGGCCAACAGCCUAACAUCAAAGAGUUCUUGGAGAAAAACCUUGCAUUACUGACUAUUCGCACAACUCGCGGCACUUUCAACCAAUGCCAGUGGUACAAACAGCUGGAAGUGGACGCCUCUUAUGCGGUGGUGUCUGUAUUCGUCUAUAUUGAAAACACCAAGAGAAUGACACCUCGAGGUAUGCGAAAGAAAUGGACAUUCGAAGGCACAGACAUGAUGUGGUCGAGCGAAUUAGAGGGUGACCGAGAAGAAAAACGACUGUUAUAUCAAAACAAGGAUGCCACCUGCGGUGUUCUGCAAUAUGAUGAGAUGUACGAGGAUAAGGAUAUCCCAGAUCGCAGAUAUUACGAGCUGGUCGUGAAUGAAAAAAAUAUGUUGCGUGUACCAGAAGAUUGUAAAGAUUUUUAUCUUAAAAAAAUCGGUAAUGAUAAAGAGACUAUUAUGACGGAGGACGCGCUCAAAGCCUGCAAGUUUCUAGAAACGAGUUAGCAAAAGUGUUAUUGCUUCGUACAAAAAAAUAUACCUCUUUGAUUUGCGAUAAAGAUGAAGUGCUCUGGUUGGGUGUGUUACAUGAUUUAUAAUAAAAGCGUGCUUUGAUAC